AUGAAAAUUACGGCAGUAUCGGCUUUGGCCAUUAGUGGGGCGGGAGUUGUUGCUCAAGACUACAAUGCGCCCCCUCCCGAUCUCGCAACGCUUCCUGCACUCUCUCUAUUUGAAACAUGGAGACCACGUAUCCACGUUCUUCCACCGAACGGCCAGAUCGGUGAUCCAUGUGCGCACUACAAUGACCCUAACACAGGGCUCUUCCACGUUGGAUUCCUCCAUAAUGGCACUGGCAUUGCCAGCGUUUUGACCGACGACCUUGUUCACUACUAUGAUGUGAAUCCAAACGGAAAUUAUUCAAUCGUUGCCGGGGGCCCCAACGACCCCGUAGCGGUCUUUGAUGGUUCUGUCAUUCCCAGUGGGGUUGACGGAAAACCGACGCUUUUGUACACUUCUGUUUCGUCAUUGCCGAUUCACUGGACCCUUCCUUAUGUUCGAGGAAGUGAGUCUCAAUCUCUGGCGGUCACCUACGAUGGGGGAAAGAACUUCACCAAGCUGCAAAUUCCUCCGGUCAUUCCUGAGCCUCCAGCUGGCCUGGACGUUACCGGCUUCCGCGACCCCUAUGUUUUUCAAAAUGUGGAACUUGAUCAAUCCCUAGAUAAUGCUGAGGGCACUUGGUACACAAUCAUUUCAGGUGGUCUUCAUAACAUCGGGCCUGGCAUGUUCCUCUACCAGAACACGAGCCCCGACUAUGAGCAGUGGCAGUAUCUUGGAGAAUGGUUUCAUGAGCCUGCUAAUUCAACGUGGGGUAAUGGGGACUGGUCUAAGGUUUUCGGCUACAAUUGGGAGACCAGCAACGUAUUCGGUCUUGAUAGAGAGGGAUACAGCUACACUGGUAGUCCUUUCAUGACAAUCGCCGUGGAAAGCUCAUAUGUUCCUAUACAGCCAUCCGUCUCCUCAUUACAUGCUCAGCUUUGGGCAGCAGGAGGGCUUUCAACCGCCGAGGGUGAAAACGUGGAAUUUGUUCCUAAUAUGGUUGGUGUUUUUGACUGGGGAUUAUCAUCAUAUGCGGCAGCGGGUAAAUUCUUGCCCAAGUCUUCUCAGGCAUCCACUAGCAGCAGCGCCCCAGACCGAUUCAUCAGCUAUGUCUGGUUGACAGGGGAUGUCUUCGGAGGAGUCGUGGGCUUCCCAGCUGCGCAGCAAGGAUGGCAAAACACGUUGCUGCUGCCGCGCGAGUUGUACGUCAAGACUAUCCCCAACGUGGUCAAUAAUAUUCUCGUGCAGGAGACUGGCUCGUGGCGCGUGGCCGCUAACUCCACCUCAACGGGCGACUGCGUUGAGCUUGAGACCCUUGGAAUUGACAUUGCGCGGGAGACCUACGAUGCUAUGACUGCUGCUCCUAGCUUCACCGAACCAGGCCGGACGCUAACGACUGGAGGCAUCAUACCAUUCCGUCGCUCUCCGGAAACCAGAUUUUUUGUUCUCAAUGCUGAGAUCACCCUCACUGCACGCGCGCCCAACCUGCAGACCGGCUUCCAGAUAUUGGCAUCUGAGUUCGAAUCAACCACAAUCUAUUAUCAAUUCUCCAAUGAGUCAAUUAUGAUUAAUCGUUACAACACGAGUGCUGCUGCAUUAACCACCAGUGGCAUAGAUGAAUCUCCAGAAUCUGGUCGUCUUCGUCUAUUUGACAUUAUGGAUACUUGUGGCGCACAUGGUGGCCAUAAAUGCGGUGGAAACGAUGUUGACAAGCAACCUGACCAUGGUUCCAUUGGCUGCAAGUCAAACCAUACGACAGAAGAUGACGGCAGCAAUUCUCAAUUGAGUGGCACUGGUAAAAAGCAUAUCGAAACUUUAAGUCUUACUAUUGUGGUCGACAAUUCUGUCUUGGAGGUUUAUGCCAAUUCUCGCUUUGUACUUUCUACCUGGGUUCGGCCUUGGUAUGAGAACUCGACUGAAAUUCGCUUCUUCCAAAAUGGAGAGGGCGAAGCAUCCUUUAGUAAUAUUCGAAUUGCCGAUGGCUUAUAUGAUGCCUACCCGGACAGGUCCCAGUAG